CAAUGAAGGCAUUAAGAUUCAAGCAUCUUUAUGGAGAAGAAAUGAAAUCAAAAUUUGAAUAAGUAACACCAACCACCAUUACUUGUGACUCCACUAUGGUCAAGGUAUUAAAUCUAACUUAAAAAUUUCUAGGCCAAUGGUUUAUACACAGCCCUUCUUUGGUAAACUGGUGGUGGCGGACUUGUUUGUGUUUUGAGAUCUGAUAAACCCGCUAAGCUUCCUUUUGACACACCUAUGAUAAAAGGACAUUAAGGUUUUAUAUUAUGUAGAUUAUUUAGGUACAAUAUUGGAUUUGGAUUGGUAUCCUUUUGAUGAUGAAUACUUAGCUACCUCAUCUUAAGAUCAAAAUAUUUGUGUUUGGAAAAUUAAUGAUUUGACAACAGAUAUCACUGAGCCUUUAACUACAUUGUCAGGACAUGAUAAAAAAGUAUAUUAAAUAAAUUAAUUAAUUAGGUCAACUUAAUUUAAUGGAAUCCAACAUCUGCUUGGGUCUUAGGAUCAGCUUCUCAUGAUCAAACAGUAAAAGUUUGGGAUGUUCAAGCAGGUACAGCUAGAAAUACUAUAAAUGCUAAUGCUUUACCAUAUUCUAUUGAUUGGAAUCUUAAUGGUUCACUCAUUGGAUCAUCUUGGAAUGAUAAAAAAUUGAAAAUUAUUGAUCCAAGAUAAUAGACUCUAACCUUAGAAGUUAAUGCACAUUAGGGAACAAAACCAUAGAGAUUUGCUUGGUUAGGAUCCACUGGAUAUUUUGUUAGUGUUGGAUUUAACAAAACCUAAGGAAGAGAAUUUUCAUUAUGGAAUGCAAGCAAUCCUUCAGAGCCUGUUUCAACAACUUAAAUUGAUACAGGAAGUGGAGUACUUUACCCAUAUUGGGAUGAAUAACUGAAAGUCCUUUAUUUAUCCGGUAAGGGAGAUUCCAGUAUUAAAUAUUUUGAAUUCCUUGAUGGUUAAUUACAUUUCCUAAAUCAAUACACAUCAAAUAAACCUGGAAAGAGUUACGCAUUUUUCCCUAAAAGAGCUGUGGAUGUGAAUAUAUGUGAAGUUAAUAGAGUGGCUAAAAUUGAAGAAAAUGCUCUAUCCUAUGUGCAACUCAUUGCUCCAAGAAAGGCUAAUACAUUCUAGGAAGAUUUAUUCCCCCCUUGUCCAGGAACUUAACCAGCCUAAGUAAAUUUAAUUUAAAUAUAUAAUUAGACUGCUGCUCAAUUCUUUGGAGGUUAAAAUGCCAAUGCAGUAUUAAUCAGUCUUAAACCAGAUUAAUAAUAAUAAUAACAAUAAUAAUAGUAAAAUGUUGUAUUUACUUAAUAACCACAAAAACCAUAAUAAUAAUAGCAAUUAACACAACCAAAUGCAUAAGAUGCUUAAAAGAUUGUAAUUAAUUUUAUUAUUUUUAGGCUUAAUUAGAGAGCACAGUUUAAAAUCAAUAGUAACAAAUUAUGGAUUUAUAAGCACAAGUUCAAAAUUUGCAAAUUUAAAAUCAAGAACUUUUAGGACAAUUAAGUAAAUAUGAAUAAUAGUAAUAUUGAUU